CUAGCCUCCUGACCGUUCAAGGGCAUCACCACCACGAACAAUCUAUAAAGACUUCCAUCACCACCCUUCUAAAUCUAUUUUCAUCAGCAGGUUCUUUCUUUACUUCGCCUCCAUCACAUUCUUUCCUUCGGGCUUCAUUGACUGAAGUUCUCACUUUCAUUGCGCUGGGUCGCUCAUUCUUCCAAUCAACCAAUUCCAUUCUCUCAAUCAAUUUUCUUUCUCUUCACCAAAUCUCUUCUUUCCAACCAUCAGCACAAUGCGUCAGGCUCAGUCUUUGUCUCUCUUGACCACGGCCCUUCUGUCGGCCACUCGUGUCGCUGCCCACGGCCACGUCACCAACCUGGUCGUCAACGGUGUUUACUACGAGGGCUUCGAUAUCAACACCUUCCCCUACGAGUCCGACCCCCCCAAGGUUGCCGCCUGGACCACCCCCAACACUGGCAACGGAUUCAUCUCUCCCAGUGAGUACGGUAGCGCCGACAUUAUUUGCCACGAGAACGCCACCAACGCCCAGGCCCACGUCGUUGUCGCGGCUGGUGACAAGAUCAACAUUCAGUGGACCGCCUGGCCCGAUUCUCACCACGGCCCUGUCCUCGACUACCUUGCUCGCUGCGACGGUGAAUGUGAGACUGUUGACAAGACUACUCUGGAGUUCUUCAAGAUCGAUGGCGUUGGCUUGCUCAAUGAUACCACCGUGCCUGGCACUUGGGGAGACGAUGAACUGAUUGCCAACAACAACAGCUGGUUGGUCGAGAUCCCUCCGACCAUCGCCCCCGGCAACUAUGUUCUCCGCCACGAGAUUAUUGCUCUUCACAGUGCGGGUACUGAGGAUGGUGCUCAGAACUACCCUCAGUGCUUCAACCUUCAGAUCACUGGUACCGGUACUGACCAGCCCGCUGGUACCCUCGGCACCAAGCUCUACACCGAGGAUGGGGCUGGUAUCGUGGUGAACAUCUACGAUUCCCUGUCGACUUACACCGUCCCCGGUCCCACCCAGUACAGCGGUGCUGUCUCUGUCAGCCAGUCCACCUCAGCCAUUACCUCUACCGGAACUGCUGUUGUCGGUAGCAGCAGCGCCGUUGCUACCUCGGCUGCCGUGGCUACCACCAGUGCCGCUGCCACCACCGCUGCCGCCGUUUCCAGCCCCGAUGCCAACACCCAGAUCGCUCAGCCCAGCAGCAGCAGCAGCUCUUACUCCCAGAUCGCCGUGCAGGUGCCCUCCUCCUGGACCACCUUGGUGACAGUCACUCCUGCUGCUCCUGCCGCAACCACCCCGGCUGCUGUCCCCGAGCCCCAGACUUCUUCCGUCAGCUCUGGUGCCACCACCACUAGCAGCAGCAGCGGUGCCACUCAGUCUCUGUACGGGCAGUGCGGUGGUAUCAACUGGACUGGUGCUACUUCUUGUGUUGAGGGUGCCACUUGCCACCAUUACAACCCCUACUACUACCAGUGCAUUUCUGCUUAGAUGAGUGCUGUGUAGCGUAUUUUAGCUCGAUUUGUCGAUCUGAAAGUCUGCUGGACUAUUUGUACAUUAGCUGAAUUAUAACUAAGGCUUGAAUCUUACAUCCAUU